GGGGGAGUCCUCCUCGGUCGUGUAGUGUAUCGGGCACAGACAUGGAGCGUCGUCGUUAGCUGCAGGGGGGGGGUGUUUGUCUCCGUUGGACCGGACCGGACAGUACAGGAGACGAGGUCCGUCUGUGACGUCGCAGCAGCUCCAAAAAAAAGAGAAGAAAAAAGAAAGAACCCGACGACAUGAUGCGGUUCAUGCUGCUGUUCAGCCGGCAGGGGAAGCUGCGGCUUCAGAAGUGGUACACAGCCACAGCCGAGCGUGACAAGAAGAAGAUGGUCAGGGAACUUAUGCAGACGGUGCUCGCCCGCAAACCAAAGAUGUGCAGCUUCCUAGAAUGGAGGGACCUCAAGAUUGUCUAUAAAAGGUACGCCAGCCUGUACUUCUGUUGUGCAAUUGAAGAGCACGACAAUGAGCUGAUCACACUGGAAGUCAUCCAUCGCUUCGUAGAGCUGCUCGAUAAAUACUUUGGCAGUGUGUGUGAGCUGGACAUCAUCUUCAACUUUGAGAAGGCGUACUUCAUUCUAGACGAAUUCCUGAUGGGAGGAGAGAUCCAGGACACGUCUAAGAAAAGUGUUCUUAAAGCCAUCGAACAAGCAGACCUACUGCAGGAGGAGGAUGAGUCGCCCAGGAGUGUGUUGGAGGAGAUGGGCUUGGCGUAAUACACAGCAGUGUUGUGAGAGACUAUAGGUACGAAGGUAGAGGGCUGGAUGACGGGGGAUGGGACAGAAUCUGGAAUUGAACAUUCUUGGACACGACGUGUUGGCUCUUUAUAUCUGUGGCUCUGGGAAGGACGUACAAUCUUAAACUGGGGGAAGAGACUCGGUUAAGAGUGGAAGACCGUCACGUUGACAGGCCCUUAAGCUGUGUGUGUGUGUGUGUGUGUGUGUGUGUGUGUGUGUGUGUGUCCGUGUGUGUCCGGUGGGGGGAGGGGAUUUGGGGGGGUUAAGAAAAAAGUUACUGGGCAUCACUAAAGCGGCAAGUGCGAUGUUAUUCUAUGUUUUUCCUAUUUUCAACAAUUCUCACGAAAAGAUCGAACCUAGAAAUGUGUUAGUUCCUCAACAUUUUGACUUGCCUGCCACAAACCCACUGGUCCCUAUUGAAGAGGAAAAUUUAUGAUCACUGCUCACAAAAUGUAUAUAUUUUUAAAAAGGUUUAGAUACUUCCUGAAAACUUAAUUGGUUUUGACGUGCACAUGAGAGUUAUUGAAAGUCAGAAAAAUCUGGAAUGUCAAGACAUUUAAAGCGAAAUUACACAUUCCUCUUCUCACAUUAUUUGCCAUUAUUCCGGCUGUUAUGAUGAUGUGAUGAUGUUCAACAAGACAUGCAACUACAAACACUACCUGUUCAUGUUGUCAACAUCAGGUCAUUCAGGAGCACCAUUCUCACACAUAUUAUUCAAAUCAUUAUGUACUUCAAGUUUUGUCUGUCGUGUAAGUGUGCUGAUUUUAUUUUUGUUGUUUUAUCCAUAGUUCCUAUCAACUGCUGUAACAUCGCUUGCACAGGGCAAAGUAAACGAUUAAAUAUUUUUUGAACUGCCAAUUUAGCAGUGAAACCAACAGCGAGUGCAUCACUGAUGUACAGAUGUAUGUUACGGUAAUCCACAGGGUUGUAAAUGUGCAUGAGCAAAUGAUCACCAUUAGUGUGAUCAGUCAAAUGAGAAGCAGGAAGUAGCUGUGAGGGAGGAAGUGGAUAUUUCCAGAAGACCGUUUUGGUGAUAGCGUGAACAUUCACCUCCAUCCUCUUGUAAUGAUUUACUGUAGAUUUUACAGUGGAUCAUAAAGAUCUCAGACCGCAGCAAUGGAGAUGUGAGUGAAACAGAAUCAUAACUGACAGGACUGAGGGCCGUUGCUGUGUUGCCCCGCUCUCUAGUUCUUUUACUAUUUAAUCCGGAGGUGUUGUCAGCAACAUCACUGUCAUUAUAUAAUUACGUUUAUUUGAACUACAUUUGAUGUUCCCAAGAAUUUCUGUUAAGCGUUCUCAUGAAGGCGGAGUUAAAGCGUUUGAAACGUACUCGUCUAUUUGUGACAUCGGACCUCAAACACCGGGCCUGGGUGGUGGACUGCUUGGUGGAAUCGUGAAAAACUGAACCAAAGACAUUGGAGCCUGUUUUACAUAUGAGCAAUUUGUAUGUAUAGUAAGUGGACUGAUGUACCAGAUGAUUUUGGAAAUAACAAGUCUGUCUUAUGCAAUUUUUACAAAGUGCAGCCGAGAAUCACAUUCCACUAAGUUUUCCUCCAGGCAGAAUCGGAAGGAGCAGGGCUCAGUGUUCUGCUCAUUCUGCAUCACGUGAGGACUUGAUGCUCUCAGGCGUAUCUCAUGGUCCCAUACAUAUUUUUUUUAAACUAUUAAAUGUUAUUUUGCGGGUUGUUAAUGGUGUUGGUAAUCUAAGUUUGAUAUGUUUGUGAAGUGCAGGAUGAGCUCCCCACUGUUAGACUAAUGGAACAAAAGGAAAACAGCGGGGUCAGAUAGAAAUGCUCUUCCUGGAACAAGUUCCCCUGGAAAAACUCAAUCAUCAAGUCGUUGUCUUCAUGUUGACUCAUCAAAUGAAAUGAGUCAACAUGGAUAAGAAAAAUCCCAACUGACUCUUAAGCCAGUGAUCAUGCAGCGUUGACACUGUGACAUCUGUCAUAAAAAUAAUUAAUCAUGUAACGUUAAGUAAAUACUAUCAUUGCUCAUUUUACACAACUGUAAAAGUCAAGAAAGGUUUGGAAUGAAAAUACUUUUCGGCUAUGUCAAUAGUGGCUAUUCCUUUCUCUGGUUUUUUGUUAUAUUUCCCAACCUUUAGUAAUUUUAUGUUUUUCAUUAUACCUGGAUAUCAUUUCUACAACACACUCCAUGGUGCUCCUUUUCAUUUCUUCAUUUUCAUAGGGUUUUGGGUUUUUUUGCUUGUCAGAACCUCUGUUGUUCUGUGAUAAUUGGAAGACGGCUGAUAGAUUUGGAUGUUUGAUAAGUGAAUGACUGUUUUUCAUUCUCUCUGGGGUGUCGCCGUCCCGCUUAGAAAGUUGCUUCAUUGCAACCAUAAUGAAAUAAGGACUCGUGGAAAUUGAAAAUGUUCGGAUGUUGACAUUAAUCCUGAAGCUUUGUGCACAGUGUGAGUGGCUUGGUUGACGGGUCUGUAUCGCUGUAGUGGUCAGUUCAAUUCAAUCACAACUUAACAAUAUAUCUCAAGGCACCAGAGAGCGAGUCUAAAUUCCAAGAGGAGAUGCGUUAAGAGGCGAGUGUAGGAAUAACCAUGAAGAUUAUAAUGGUUGGAGUUUGUAUGUCAGAAUAUGAGUUCAGCAACAUUCACCUGUUGCCACGUUCACCAGGGAAGCUUUUUUUUGGGGGGGAAGUGAAAAAUUUCAGAUACCGCUAUAUUAUACAUUCAGAUUUUAAUGAAUUCUCCAUUUGCACUUCGUCAAAAGCACGUCAUGUUGAAAAUCAACUUAAUACAUUCCAUUGCGCUAGGGAUGAGGCUCCAUAAUGACAGAUAUUCUGAACAGUGGGGAGCCUGCCUCUCACUUUGGUUCACAGCAAAGUUGGAAAAUCAUUUAAUAUGCAAACCUAACUUGUUAUUUUGCAUAUAAAAGUACUCUAACACACUGAGGGUAUGGUUUUAUACUUGGUAACAUUUACAUUUAGGUAAGUCUGUGGUUUAGGGUGCGACAUGCACGCUGUUCCAACCCACGUCACAAGAGACGGUUGGUCCAGCCUAUGAGACAAUAAUAAGAUAGUAUAAAGUAAACAGGAGUCAAAACUAAACAAAGUAGAAACCUCCUCCGAGCCUACAGCUGAUCUAAGGAUGUGUUCUCCACACACCGUUAUCAUUUUAUCGUCUUAACACAUAUUACACCUGCUCAUGGAAACUGAAGCGUGUUGUUGCUUUGGUCAUGACUUCAUGUGACCCUCUGACUGAACUGAACUGCUCAGUGAAUAUGGCCUGUUACUGCAACGCAGUGUGGAAACAACUACAUCCUGACAUGACCUUUGACCUCCCAUGUCAACUAUGAAAAGGAUGGAGGUCAUUGGACUUUCAGCCUGAACCUGUCUGCCGAUUGGACCGAUGACGUUGCAGGGCUCUUGUCAACGACACAACUGAGUCCGGUUCUGUCAGAGAUUUCUUCCUGUUAAAAGGGAGUUUUUUCUCUCUCCACCGUCGCCAAGUGCUCAUAGUGGGAUUUGUUGGAUUUUCCCUAUAAUAUUGUAAUAUUGACCUCACUAUGUAAAGUGCCUUGAGACAAUGUAUGUUGUAAUAUGGCGCUAUACAAAUAACAUUGAAUUGAAUUGAAUUUUGACUAUGAUCUCCCACUUGGAACACAUUUUCUUCCUGUGGCCCUGAAGGCCAUCUUAAAGUAGACCUGUUUCUCCUCAUUCUCUCUCCCACAAUCUUAGUUUUUCUGUCUUUUUUUGGUUACGACAACUCUGGCCCGAUAAGGUGAUUGUGGUUCGAUGGAUUGUUUCACAAAGUUCCCAAAAAAGCAUUGGGACAGAACCCUUUGACUCUCACAUGCUGUUCCACAUUCUGACAAGCACUUUGUUUGAAGCCUAUGUUACCUUGAUCCUCGUCACUUCCUUCGGUUCAUUUUAGCCGACUAAGGUCGUAUCAGUAAUCUCUUAUGCAACGACUUGCGAUGAAUGUUGUCAAUGUCCUGUUCUGAAAUGAAUUCAUGUCAAACCAGAGUCUUUGAUUUAUAAUACCUUGUUCAAAGUUGUUUGGUUCUUUCGAGGAAGACGAGACGCUGUAUGGUGCAGAGCCGUAAUGGGGCCCUUGUGUAGGAAAGCUAAAGGGACUGUGUGAAUGUAAUUUUAUAAAAGGAAUAAAACAUUUUAAGCUAAAUUAAA